ACGAAGAUUCAUUUCAAAUUGUUCUUCCCUUUUGUGUUCUUGCUCCGUUCUAGAUUUAUUUAUUUGAGCCGAUUCUUCAUUCCAUCCCGUUUUUCUCUCGAAUAAUCUCUCUUCCAAUUCGCGGUAAUUCAUCAUAUCUUACGCAUCAAGUCUUCCAAGAAUAAUCGCAAUGGAAUUGUAUGCCAUGCGUUGAUGUUAUUUAUGCUCCUUCUCUGUAUCUCUUUUUCUACUCUGUCAAUCUGUUUGGAAAAGGUUCGAUAAUCUGUUUUCAAGCCCAAAAAAUUGACCGAAAUCGGAGAUUUGGAGGUUGUUUCCUUGGAAAAUCUGUAAAUGAACGAUUACGGAAUCGAUUCGAAGCAAGAAAUUCAUCAAAAUCAUGGGGUGAUGUUUGAUUGUUACUCUCAGAAUACUAGGGCACAGCAGCCCUGGAGGAUGGGAGCUUGUGUUCAUCUAUCCGCCAUGGAUGAGGUUGAGUCGUCGGAACAGCAAAAUCUAGGUCUGUCUAAUUCGAGCUCCACCAUCAUCAACCUGUUCGAAUCUCCUGCUUCGGCUUUCUUCGCGACGGAGCAAUGUAUGGGGAUUCCUCCUAUUGAGUUUCGUACUGGUUCUUCGUCUUUCGAUAGGGCUUCCGAUUCGGCGGAGCACAGCGGCGCAGAUUCUGAAUUUAGUAACACCUUGCAAUCGGUUGUGAGAUCUCAACUCUGUAAGAGAAGCUUCAAUGGCUUCCCGAAGACUAUUUUCACUGACUACAAGGUGUUUGAUGCUCGUCCGCCUUCAAUCGGAAAGCAUUUUUCCGUUCCUUUCAAAGAUCAAGGAGGGUGCUAUGAUUCAACCAGUUAUUCAAUUGCACAGCCAACCUUUUGUUCUUCACAAGAGAAGAACUCUCCUAGAUUCUCUUGCUUGAGUUCUUCCGUUGGCUCUGGAAGCUCUUCUUCUUCCUUCAAUGGCAAUGGAUUCCCUACCAAAACGAGAAUCCGAUGGACGCAAGAUCUCCAUGAGAAGUUUGUUGACUGCGUUAAUCGUCUUGGUGGUGCUGAGAAGGCGACGCCUAAAGCAAUUUUGAAGCUGAUGGAUUCAGAGGGAUUGACCAUAUUCCAUGUGAAGAGCCAUUUGCAGAAAUAUCGGAUAGCAAAAUACAUGCCAGAAUCUGCAGAUAGGAAAUCUGAUAGAAGGAACGACAUGAAUGAAGUUGCUGAACUGGAUGUCAAAACUGCCAUGCAAAUUAAAGACGCUUUACAACUGCAGCUCGAUGUUCAGAGGCGUCUUCAUGAUCAACUAGAGAUACAGAGGAAGCUACAGUUGCAAAUUGAAGAACAAGGGAAACGACUAAAGAUCAUGUUUGACCAACAACAAGAAACUAACAAAUGCUUCUUCACAGCCAAUGGCUUCAACAAACCGUUCCCUAACGACCCAUCAGGUUAUCUCGACGAUCCUCCGAUCCCGACAGCCGAAAACAUCCGAAAUGCCCAAUUCCCAACCAACAUAAGUUAGCCAUGAAGAGAACCACCAUUUUCAUGAUUACCAGUACAUAAACACUCAUUGGAGGGUUCACUGUCUUCUUUCAAACUUACAAUGAACAUUAUUAUGCAAAAAUCUACACA